GAGUAACUUUUUUAAGCGUGUAUAGAAGAAACUCAAAAUCGUACACGACACGAUUGCUCUCGUAUUACUAAUUAUUAUUUUAGAAGUGUGGAGCUAUAUUUUGAAUAAUGUUACAGAGUGUUCAAACUCAAUUAAUGAGACUCCAAAAAUUGGAAGACGAAAUUCGAUUGCUACAAAAAGCAAUAAAUGAUACCCAGAACAACAUUAAUUUAGAGGAAAACAACCCACAACUAGAAGAACUAGAAGUUCAAAACUCGAAACUAAAAUAUCGUUUGAUAAUUUUAAACAGGGCAAUCGCCGUCGAAGAACAAUCCUCAAGAAGCAUGGUCGACGAACCUAUUUCUAUUCUAGAUCAUCUUACCGAUUUAUUCACAAAAGCAAUAUCAAAAUCAUUUCCUCUGGUGUGCAACGAAGUUGCUACGGUUAUUACAGCUUCAAGCUCUCCAAAAUUUGGCGAUUAUCAGUGCAAUAAUGCAAUGCAGCUGGUACAGAAAUUAAAAGCACAGAAUAUUAAAAUUAGUCCACGUGAUGUCGCCAAUAAAAUUAUGGAGUCUCUACCAAAAUCUGCAGCUAUAAGCAAAGUCGAAAUUGCUGGAGCGGGCUACGUGAACGUUUAUUUAGACAAAAGUUAUGGUGUAGCGGCUAUUAUGUCAAUUCUAAAGCAAGGUGUAAGACCUCCAUAUUACGACAAAAAACGUGUCAUUGUAGAUUUUUCAUCUCCGAAUAUCGCAAAAGAAAUGCACGUAGGUCAUUUGCGGUCUACAAUCAUCGGUGAGUCGAUUAGCCGUUUUUUGGAAUUUCUUGGUCAUGAUGUUCUUCGUCUGAACCAUGUUGGUGAUUGGGGAACUCAAUUUGGCAUGUUGAUUGCGCAUCUACAGGACAAAUUUCCGAAUUAUUUAAAUGUGUCUCCUCCGAUCGGCGAUCUACAGGCAUUCUACAAGGAAAGCAAGACACGUUUCGACUCGGACGAAGAAUUCAAAAAACGCGCGUAUUCCUGCGUGGUACAGUUGCAAAGCGGUAAAACCGACUCGUUGAAGGCGUGGACGAUGAUUUGUGAUGUAUCAAGGAAAGAGUUCCAAAAAAUAUAUGAUCGUUUAGAUGUUACGCUCAUAGAGCGGGGAGAAUCGUUCUACCAGAAACGUAUGGAAAAUAUUGUUCGGGAGCUUUCUGAUGCUGGUUUUCUGGAAGAGGACGAAGGACGUAAAAUAAUGUGGGGAGAAGAUCGAGAUGGGAUUCCGCUGACAAUUGUCAAGUCAGACGGUGGUUUCACUUACGAUACUUCUGAUAUGGCCGCUAUAAAACAACGAUUGCAAGAAGAGAAAGGUGAUUGGUUAAUCUAUGUGACUGAUGCAGGCCAAGCUACGCAUUUUCAGACAUUGUAUUCAUGUGCACGACGUGCUGGGAUUUUAGAUUUGAACAUGCACCGUGUUGAUCAUGUUGGGUUUGGCGUGGUACUUGGAGAAGAUGGAAAAAAAUUCAAAACACGUUCAGGCGACACCGUAAGAUUAAUAGAAUUGUUAGAUGAAGGACUGAAACGAUCUUUGAACAAACUAUUGGAAAAGGGACGAGACAAGGUUCUUUCCUCAGACGAGUUAAAAGCAGCGCAGGAAUCUGUCGCGUAUGGUUGUAUUAAGUAUGCAGAUUUAUCACAUAAUCGAAACAAUGAAUAUAUCUUUUCUUUUGAUAAGAUGUUGGAAGACAAGGGUAAUACAGCAGUUUACCUGUUAUAUUCCUACACUCGAAUUCGUUCGAUAGCUCGUAAUUGUGGCGGAGAUUUUGCGAAUAAUAUUGAGAAGGUGAUUGCUUCAAACGAAAUAAGUGUCGAGCAUGAAAAAGAGUGGAAGCUAGUAAAAGUUCUUCUCAAAUUUACCGACGUCAUGAAACUUAUAUCCAAGAACCUUUGUUUACACCAUCUAUGUGAAUUUGUUUACGACGUCAGCACAACCUUUACUGAGUUUUAUGACACAUGUUAUUGUAUCGAAAAGAACAAACAAGGAGAAAUCGUCAAAAUCAACACUGGACGCGUAUUGCUUUGUGAAGCAACUUCACGGGUUCUCGGAAAGUGCUUUGAUAUUCUUGGACUGAAACCGUUACAUAAAAUAUGAACAAAGUAUUUAUUGAAGCUAAGAGAAACUGAAGAACAUCUUCUGAAUUUGAAACAUCAAAUUACAGGUGAAAAUGAGUUAUUGCAAUUGAUUUUGUUAGGACUCACAAAUGAACCGUUUUAUUUUACAACACAGUGAAAAUAAAAUACAACUAGGGAAAAGAUUCUGCACACA